CUUUCGACUUGCUCAAUCUUUCACUCAUACUGCUGCAGUUUCACUGCUAAUGGCUUCCUUGCGUGCAUUGCUGGCCUUGGGCCUGGCAUCAUGGGGAUAUGCUGCAACUAUCGACUUUGAGGGCCUUCCGGACACUGGUCUUGAUACAUCAGGUUGGACUACGGGCAGGGCGCCACCGAUGUCAAGCCUGGUGGAUCUCAAUGACAUGCAAUUCGCGGCCAAGAACACUUUGUCGCCGGCCAGCUAUGCCUACUACCGCACAGCCGCUCUCGACGAAAUCACAUAUCAGGCCAACAUGCUGAACUGGAGCAAAAUCCGUCUCAACACUUUCAACCUAGCCGAUGUCUCCAACGCCAAUCUCAAGACCUCAAUCUUAGGCUAUCAGUUCAAUGCGCCAUUCUUCAUCGCUCCAGCUGCUCAAGCUGGUCUGGCCAAUGGAGGCGCAGAAUCCAACUUAGCAAAAGCUGCUGCUGCUGCAGGCAUCCUCUACGUGCCGUCCAUUUCCUCAUCACAAUCCAUGGAGACCAUUGCAUCUGCUCGGUCCAGUGGUCAAAUCUUGUUCCACCAGGAGUACGCGUGGAGCGACAAGAACAGACUGCAGAGUGAGCUUGAUCGAAUGAAGGCGGCGGGCUACAAGGCAGUGUUCCUGACCGUCGACAACACGGGAAUCAAUGGCAUCCGGAGUCGACAAAUUCGAUUCUACGGACGAGGCGGCGAUUCUGGACACAGCGAUACUUUCACAGUUGAAUCGCUUCAGGCCGUGCAGAAGAUGACCACCUUGCCAAUCAUUCCAAAGGGUGUCACCGAUGUCCACCUCAUCAAACAGCUAGCUGACCUAGGAUUCCCCGCUGUCUACAUUUCCAACCACGGCGGACGAAUGGUAGACCUCACACCCACCGCUGUCGAGGUCCUCCUCGAUGUUCACCGCCUCUAUCCCGAGGUUUUCGACAAGAUGGAGAUCUACGUUGACGGCGGUGUUCGACGUGCGACUCACGUGUUGAUCCUGCUUGCCCUGGGCGCUCGGGCCGUUGGGAUGGGACGACCAGCAAUGUUUGCCAACAUCUACGGUCAGGCAGGCGUGCAACAGAUUCUCAGUCAGAUCAGAGAGGAAUUGAUUUCGACCAUGCGUCUGGUCGGACAAGCCAACAUCGACGGGAUCCGUGGCAACACUUCUUUCGUCAACACGCGUCAGGUGGAAUACGAAUACUUCGGACAGCCGCUCACAGUCGACACCCACACCAACCCGUUCUACUUCAAGUCUCCUCCAUCCCAGGUUACUCCUCCCGACUCUUCUGCGAGUGGCGGUUCCUCGCUGACCACCGGAACCAGUAAUCCGACAUCCAUCGCAACCACCUCGGCUGGCCCGACCACAGCAACAACAUUGAACCCAACCACCACCUAUACCUCUGUCACGCCUACAGCGACUAGCGCAACUCUCUCCUGCCCUAAUAGCAACAACACCGCAUACAUCGGGCCUAAAGGCAACAAAUUUUUAAUCGAAUGCGGCAUCGAUCACCGCGGCGGCGACAUGAAAUCCGCCAGCGUCUCCUCCUUCCAAGCCUGCGUCGACCUCUGCGAUGCCACCGCCGGCUGCGUCGACGUCAGCCUCUCCGGCGCGGCGUGCUACUUGAAGUCAACCCUGGGCGCCGCCAUUGCCAACAGCGGCAUCUUGGGCGCCAAGCGCAUCUGAUCCGUCACUCCUAUUUUUCUCCUUUCUCCGUUAACUCUGUUAUCACUCCCACCAAACCUCCCUUUGGCAUAAUUUUAGCAUGAUAUGAUUUAUGACCCCUCCGAAAACUUUACUAGACGAUGGACAGCAGAGGGUGGGGUUUUCCCAAAGGUGUUUGGCUGGUAUCCCCCAUCUUUUUCGUAAUACCUUAAGCCUGAUAGAAGGACAAUUUAAAGCUUUCGCUCAUUUUUGCAUACGAGAC